AUGCUGGGGCUUUACCGCAGCUUAAAACAUUCAAAUGUUCUGUCCGCUGCAGAAUGCUUUGUAGAUGAUGAAUCUAUGUUUGCUCUGGUUAAUGAUCUUCCAGUUAAUCUCGCCCAUCUCGUUGGAUGUCGCACUCUUUACCCAACGGAGAUUGAAUUAGCAUCCAUUGCAUGGCAGGUUCUUGAUGGCGCUUGCUAUCUGAAUACACUAGGUUUAGAGCACCAGUCAUUAAUUUGCCGCAAUGUUCUCCUUGGUCUGGACGGAAUCGUCAAAAUUGCUUGCAUAGAGUCCUGUGUGGAGAGAAACCCCAACGAGGCGCAAAGUGGCUACAUCAAAGCACUCGCUUCUAUUAUAAUGGAGGUGAUGCAAAAGGAUAUCAAAGAUUGUGGAGUGAUCGGUAUUGAAGAUUUAGAGCGCUGGCCGGUCGAUUCUAAUGCAUUCAAAUUUCUUUCGGCUAUCUCGACAACGGAAAACAUAGAGGCCCUUAAAGAGCAACCACUUGUCAGUAAAAAGUACCGUUUAAAAGGCGAACUUAUUCUCCUAGCUCGGUCUGUUUUCCUUUCCGCACACAUUUUCUAUUCGUUAGAAGAAAAUUAUUCGGAAGAUUAA